AUGCCUAUGCUCAUUCACUCGUUUAUUGAAACUUUCGGAAUGGAACCGCUUCCUGUGGACGGUAGUAGCCUAGCAUGGCUGCUUAGGGCGACGUGGAUCCAACAAGCUCUGUCCGACCCUUGUUCACUCCACACCACCCUUUAUGCUGCAUCAGCACACUUGGACGCAUUUCGAGGAGUCAGAAAUAAUAACAUGACACUAUACCACCACACAAUUGCACUUCAACUGCUUCAGGAGAGAAUAAAUGACCCCCAGGCGGUAUUCAGCGAGUCUCUCAUGGCUUGUGUUGCACCAUUGGUAUUUUUCUCGGCCCUUCUAGGCGACAAAGGAUCAUCCGAUAUCCAUAAAAUGGCAUUGAUGCAGAUGAUCAAAGCACAAGGCGGCCUAGAGCACCUCGCCCUUGGCACGUUCCUCUCGGGGCUUAUCACAAUAUGCGUUCUCACCGAAGCCAUCAUCAUGGACUCCAAACUUGAAAUACCUUUCUUAGAUAUCCCUCCCACUCCUCUCACACUCCCAACAUAUUUCACAUCUGCCAUCCUCCAUAGAGUAGCCAACAGAGAGGGAGGUUACUACAACCUCUCUCGCGAGGCAAUCGAAGUCUUUGAAGAUAUUGACUUUAUCGCCCAUCUUUUACCGGACGGCCCUGGUGCCAUGGCUCUCCGAACCAAAUGGGCAGCAAAAGUGCAAGAUGUGUUGUUUUCCCCAAGUCAUCCACAAAGUCAGGAUCAUACUGAUCAUGUGUCUAUCGAGUCGGACGCCGACGCAAUAACCAAAGCUUGUCAGACUGCCGCCUUGAUAUUCUGGUACUUCUUUCUUGAUGACGAGUAUAUUGCCCCCUUUUCUAUGACCGUUCUGCAGCGUCUGGUCCGGAAGUUGCAAUAUGCGUUAUCUUGCGGGAGCAUGGAUACCUGGGUGAGAACAGCCCCUGAAGCACACACUUGGUCUCAGGCAUGGCCAGCCAGUCAUAUGUAUUGA